CUUGUCCACCAGGUGGUCUGGGUGACUGCUACCUUCCCCUACCUGGUCCUGUUUGUCUUACUAAUCCGUGGGGCCACACUGCCCGGAGCCUGGAGGGGAGUGGUCUUCUACCUCAAACCUGACUGGGAGAAACUACUAAGUACUACAGUGUGGAUCGAUGCUGCCGCUCAGAUCUUCUUCUCUCUGGGUCCAGGCUUUGGGGUCCUCCUGGCUUUUGCCAGCUACAACCCAUUUCAUAACAACUGCUACAAGUGAGGAUGUUUUCUGGGGAGUUUUUUUUUUGUUU